UGAAUCCCGACCCACUUCACUUGUAGCGAUCAGCACCGCGAAAUACAGUGCCAGUGUAGGGUUUCGCCAGCGAUUUACUUGUAAAUAACACAGCGGUAUGCAUAUAAUUAACUACGUAAAGUAUCAGUAAAUGGGUUAAAGGUUCGCUGUAUAAUAAAGUGUAAUUUUGCCUUUUGGGAAGUUUGCAGACAUUACACCAUGGCCCGAGCGGCACCUAAUGACGUGCGCGGUAAGUGACGUGACAGCUGGCGUUUCCGUGUUAUUGUCCGUCAGACCGAAAACCUGCGACGCUUCAAGAAUAGGAAUCUUUCUCCUCCGUCACUGUGGGUACUUUCGAUACCGUGAGCUGUCACCCAGGCACGGGUGCGAUGUUCUCGGAUCCACAUGAGUUCUACUAUGUGGUAUAUUAUGCAGAGCAUCCAAAGCAAGUACUCUCUGUCAGAAAGACUCAUCCGCACCAUCGCCGCCAUCCGCUCCUUUCCGCAUGACAACAUUGAAGAUCUCAUACGCAGGGGAGCAGAUGUGAACCGGAUGCAUGGCACCCUGAAACCCCUGCACUGCGCCUGCAUGGUGGCCGAUGUGGACUGUGUGGAACUGCUGCUGGAAAAAGGAGCGGAGGUGAAUGCAUUGGAUGGCUACAACCGCACAGCACUGCAUUACGCUGCUGAGAAGGAUGAGGGUUGUGUCGAGCUGCUACUGGAAUACGGUGCCCAACCGGAUGCACUAGAUGGCAACAGGGACACACCACUGCACUGGGCCGCGUUCAAGGACAACCCUGAAUGCGUAAGGGCCUUGCUAGAGAGUGGUGCCAGCCCCAAUGCUCGGGACUACAAUGACGACACACCCCUAAGCUGGGCCGCCAUGAAGGGCAACCUGGAAAGUGUCCGUGUUCUGCUGGAGUAUGGUGCUCAGGUCCAUGUGGCCAACCUCAAGGGCCAGACUCCCACCUCCCGCCUGGUAGCCCUCCUGGCACGGGGUCUGGGUGCUGACCAGGAAGAAGAGUGCCUGGAGUUGCUGUGCCGGGCAGCUGGGCGAAUGGAUAUUCGUGGUGCUGAUGGCUCUGUGCCCAGGGAGCUAAGCAGGGAUCCCCAGCUGUUGGCUCGCCUUACCGCUAUGGCAUCGCAGCCAGCUUCGCUCCGUGGCCUGGCCCGUUGUGCUGUCCGGCACAGCCUAGGGGCGCAGUUCCUGCCCACUGCUGUGAAAACGCUACCACUACCAGAAUCUGUCAAGGAGUAUGUGUUGCUGAGGGACUGAUGGGUCAGUGAGUCAAACUGGGGGGAGAGUAGGUGAAAAAUAAGAGUGGCUUUGAUGUGAGUGGAGGACACUGGGGUAGGAGCAUGUAAAUAUGUGAAUAAAAAUGUAUUUGUGGUUGUGCACAAGUGUAAGUGAUUGUGUACCUAUAACAAGAGUCUUAACAUUUAUAUGUAAGAUUGACAUUCGACACAUGUGGAUACUCUCCAUCCCCUCCCCCAUCUCACACCCAUUAUUAGUGUUUGAUGGAUAAUGGAUAGUGAUUUUGGAGGACAUUUGACUUUUUCCUGUCGUUUGCCUAAUGUCUCAAUGAGUGCUGAAAGUUAAAGUUAUACUUGAGUCCAGGUACCUAAGUUACACUGGUGGAAUCCUAGAACGGCACAGCUGAAUCACAGGUGCAAAGCUUGGUUUGGCUUAGCCACUGUAACAAAAUUGCUUUGAACUGUUUUUAUACUAUGCAUUGAUAUAUGAAAACACGCUUUAGAGAAAUAUAAAGCCUGUUAAAUUAGUAACUAAUAACCAAAAAUCAGUUAGUUGGACAUAAAUGUGGGUUAUGUUCUGAAAUAAUAUUUGGAUGAGCUUUAUGUUUGCAGUUUGUCAUGUAGAGUAUAAAAGUGGAAGUUUCUCCCCUUUAUUUCAUAUAUCACAUCUGGGAAUCCAGAUUAUAAACUCGUUUUGAAAAUGAUAAAUCGUUCUUUUCAAUGUUUUGGAUGUCAAACUGUAUAAAAAUGGAAAGCAUGGCAGUGGUGUUUGCAAUAUAGCUGCAUCGGCUGUUUGCAUCUUGCUGAGAAUAGCAUCACGUGUCAGAUUUUCGAGCUCAUUUGGGACCGUGAGAGACUGGGCACUUUGUUCUUAUUACUAAUCACUGAAACGUGUAUUUCAUGUUUAUACAAUUUUUGUGUUGUAUGUGUGUAUUACGUCACUACAUGUUUAGUUUUGAAGCCAUUUUUUUUAUUUUUAUGCCACCCAGUGAAACUAUUAAAGAUCUGCUCUGUUGAAA